AUGCGUAAGGAAGGCAAAGAGAAGAGUAGUGGCCUCCUCACUAACAUAUGGAAUGUCACCAGUGGUGGGAGUAGGAUAUGCUUCGAGCGAGCAGAACGUGACAGGCACAAGAAGCAUCUAAUAGCGUUGGAUAGUGUGAAGUCGAGUAUCGAUAAUAAGCCCCCAAAGGAGAUGUCGCAUUUGAAGAACAAGAGGAAGGCUAAGUUGAUAAUGGAAGAGAGGAAUGCCGAGAUACAGCUAGAGAAUCGUAUACUACUCGAUAAGAUGCUAAACAUAGAUAAGGAGAGAAAGAGACAAGCACAGCGUACUUGUAACAAAAUGUAUCAUGGAGAGGCAAUAGAAGAGGCUACACAGAGAAGGCAGCAAGAGUAUCGUCAAUGGGGUGGUUUAGCUCAUCAGAAUAAGAAGAUGCUCAAUAGGCUUACGGCGGUACCACCUGCUAUCGUGGAUACUCAGAAGUUAGCAGUAGCAGAACGGGAUCGUGAGGCUAUGAGGGAUCGCUUGAUAUCGGGCUCUAUGAGGAUCUGCCAACUACCAGGAGUGAUACAUCUACAGAUGAGCUUAUUGAGGAGGGUAUAUUGUGAUACACCAGCAUCAUUCGCUCGCUAUGGUAGUAGUAUAAGACAGGGCCUGUCUGGUGCCGUAGCUGACGUUAUUGCCCCGCGGCACGUUGAAGGAGCUGCAUGUAGUACUAUGCUAGAACCACGAGCUCAUACCACACCCAGGCUGGAUAAGGCCAACGAGCCUAAGCUAUCCUUCUUACAGCGAUUGCUACGUUCUCUAUGGAGACUAAUUCAAUUAUUCUUCCGAUUCGGACCAUGCUUGGCCACCUCCCCUAUACUCUUCUUGGGUAUUGGGAAAUGCAACAAUUGGUGGUGGCAAUGGCUCGUUCAUUGUAUUGAGAGUAGCGGUCCUGCCUUUAUUAAACUAGGGCAAUGGGCUGCUACUCGUAGAGAUCUCUUCAAUGAUACCAUAAUAUCAUAUCUAUCACAGCUACAUACCCAAGUACGGCCUCACUCCUAUAGGGAUACAUUACUGCAGCUAGAUGAGUCCUAUGGCCCUGAAUGGCGUACAUGGUUAGAGAUCGAUCCAUCAGUGAUAGGUAGUGGGUGCAUUGCUCAGGUGCAUCGGGGUACACUACUACACAAUGGUCAUCAUGAUGUAGCAGUGAAGGUAUCCCAUCCAGGAUGUCAGGAUAUUAUCAAUAUUGACCUUGGUAUACUCAAAGCUCUGGGACAUGUAGCUGAGCAUCUACCUUUCCUAAGGCAUCUAGGUGUAUCGGACAUGGUAGAGCAGUUCUCUGACUUCCUGUUAUCCCAGACAGACCUAAGACUUGAGGCUGCCAAUAUACAGAGAUUCAAUGAUAACUUCAAGGAUUAUACCGGCUCUAUAAGGUUCCCUACAGUCUACUCGGACCUCACCACUAAAACAGUUCUUAUUGAGUCAUUUGAGUCUGGUGUACCCAUAGGCUCAUUGCUACCUACCAAUGGUCAGGUGAAUGGUGAUGAUGAUGUUAUGAUUGAUGGGAUGAUGGUGUCAAAGAGGGAGAUCUGCAAGAUGGGUGUUAAGGCGUUCCUGCAUAUGCUCUUUAUUGACAACUUUAUACACGGCGAUCUACAUCCAGGCAAUAUCCUAGUACAAGUACCAUCGAUGACUGAUCCCAGUGAUACUAGUGCUGAUAGCCAUGCGGCCGCUGCGGGUACAGUGAGAUUGGUGUUCUUAGACUGUGGUCUGGCUAAUGAGCUCUCUAAUAGAGAUCUUACCAACUUUGUUGAUCUAAUGCAUGCUAUUAUGAUAGGAGAGUCUACUGAGGUUGGCCGUCUUAUGAUAGAUCGCUCGAGAUCACCUCCUAAUACUGUAUACAAGCCCGAUGAGUUUAUAAAGGGGGUGGGGGAGUUGGUGGACUCAGCUCGAGGAGUAUCUUUACAAAGUAUGCAAAUAGGUAUAAUGUUCUCCCAACUACUCGGAUUGGCAUGUUCUGGUGUGAUGGCCAGUGAGGAGCAUCUCUAG